AUGCGGAUUAGACGCAACAAAGCAGUGCUCACUACCAACAAAGCAAUAGACUACUACAAGGAGGCACUUGAAGUGGAGGUGAAUGGCAGACACAUUGGAGAAAGUGGUGGUGUACGUCGACGUUCAAUGUGCAAUGGGCUGAUGUGGGAGGAGGAGGAGGAGGAGGAGAUGGUGGAGGAGGAGGAGGAGGAGGAGGAGCAGAGUGUCGGUCUCGAUGAGCCGAAGCCCGGCACAUCCCCUCUUAUCACAUUUUCAUUUAGCAGUAGUAUUCACUUCAAGCAGACACGACUGUCUUUUUUGGGUUUGGCCUCGGGCCAACACGUCAGAGAUGCACCCAAAGGUCAGGCGUGA